GACUGACUGAGCGGCCGGCCCUUCCUUGUUGAGUUUUGAGCUUCGGUGUCUGUCAGAUUGCACGCAGCUUUGGCAAUUAACGAAGACCAAAAGCAGACCAAGGCUGUGUGUGACCCGCAAGAUUGAGCGGAACCAAGUGGCGUCAUCCUGGGGACGGAAUUUUGGGUCUUCAUUUCCCCACAAACAGGCAGCUAGGGACCCGUAAUUAUAGGCAGCCUCGUGUGGCUCGUCCGCAUCCACGCCUUCAUGUUGGCUUGAUAUUGGCUCGCCUCCUCUUCGUCCGCCGUCGUCAUUGUCGGUAUUGUUUUCCCUUUCCUCUCUCUGUUAAUACUGCCCUAAUAAUAAUCAUUGCGCGGUCGACAAUACGGCAACAGAUGUCCCCUUCUCAUGUUUUGAGAAUCGUCCGCUCGGACGGCGACGGCUCCUCGUUUAUAUUGGUCCAUGCAACUCCCUCGGUGGCCAAAAACACUAAACCGCUUGAUGUCAAGCUCGUUGCCACUGAGGGCGAAAACCCUUACGUUGUCGCAUUGCAACAUGCCGCAAUCGCGGAUCUGAAGGUUCCAGGAAGCCCGUGCUCGUCCAGCGAGUGGGAACAGAUCCUGGAGUCAGUGCUCUUCGAGCGUCAGGUCUUGGAAGACAUCCAGCUCACAGCUGCUCUGCGGGCUGACCGGGUUCAGAUCACGGUCCGCAAGAAAGCACAGGGCAUCACACAACGUCUGGGCAUUAUAACACUGCAGAAGGAUGAGGAGGAAGAAGAUAGCGAUGUGACUCAAUGGUGUGGCAUCGCCAUUGCGUCUCGGGAAGGGCUGAAGGAAGAGCUCGUCUCCGUCAGGGCCAAAACCCAGGAGCUCGAACAGGCCGUCUCCGCGCUCAGUAGCCAGCUCGAAGAGCUAAUGAACGCCAAGCGCGAUCAUGAGGCGGCACUGCUCGACAAGUUCCGCCUCCUUCUAAACGAGAAAAAGGCCAGGAUCCGUGAGCAGCAAGAUAUUAUCAGGAGCGGCAAUCUCGGCCCGGACGCUCUGGCGCCAGUCCAGUCAAGCCCAGAGCACAGCCCCAGUCAAGCCCGUGCCCCCGCGUUGGCGCGCCGCCACAAGCGGAAGACGCCAACUGGUCAACCUGCGGGUAACGACGGCGACAGCAACAAUGGCGACAGCCCCCAAGAGAUGGAACUUGACUCCCUAUCAGAGAUCGAUAUCAAGGACAGGAACGCUCAUGGUCUCUCAGAGGACCAGCAUACCACCGACGACGGCGACAGCGAUGCCACUGCAAGCGAGCCCGACGAACACGCCGUGGGCCAGAAUAAGGCGAGUGAGAGUAGGAAGAAACAAGGAGGCCCGUCGGCUGCCAAGGAUACAGGACGAGUAUCGAAGUCGCCAUCGCCAGCCCCAUCCCGACAUACCAAACCGUUGGCGACGCGCAGUCAGCGCUCAGCAUACAAAGCCUCGAGGGAGCCGUCAACUCUCGCUGACGCGGGUAGUGAGACAGACUCGGAUGAUGAAUUGUGAUUCAAGCUGGGAACAAUUCAUCGGAGAAUUGCCAAUCCGUGAUGAUCACAACGUAGCGAUGAGAACGUGUAAAUAAAGAUCGUUGCUAAGCAGGCGCUGUCGCAUGGGGCACUCAGAAGCAAACCGCUUCGUGUUCUUGAAGAGAGCAAACGCAAGGAAGAAUGUUCAGACAAUGAUCGCUCUUAUCCGUUUGGUGUCCCGCUACGAGAACCAGGUGUGGUUGGUUUAUCUCAUGAUUCAUGGUAAACAAGCGGAGCUCGGGGAUAAUCAAGCGUAUUUCCGCUGGGUUUGGUUUCCCCUCCGAUAACCCCUCCAUGUACCGCUGGGAAGCAGUAACAUAUUUAUCUGCCUUCUGGCGAAGACCCCCAGUAGGGUCA